AUGGCGAAUAUUGUGAAUCAUCAGGUCGCGGGAUGCAGCUUCGACACCACCAGCAGGUAUUCAGCACUCCGGCUCGUUGGAGUUGGAGCCUAUGGGCAAGUGUGUUCGGCUACUGAUAAUCUGACCACCCAAGCUGUGGCUAUCAAGAAGAUAACCGAACCCUUUCAAUCACUGGAGACAGCAAAACGAAGUUUUCGAGAAGUCAAAUUGCUUCGACAUCUCCGACAUGGCAAUGUCAUUUCUGUACAGGAUAUCUUCGUCUCUCCGGUGGAUGAUUUGUACUUGGUGACAGACCUGCUGAGCACGGAUCUUGCCCGUGUGAUUCGGUCUAGACCACUGGAAGAUAAAUAUAUUCGAUAUUUCUUUUACCAAAUAAUGCGAGGCUUGAAAUAUAUCCAUUCGGCCGGAGUCGUGCAUCGGGAUUUAAAGCCCAGCAAUAUCUUGAUCGAUGAAAACUGCGACCUAAAGAUCUGUGACUUCGGUCUUGCUCGAACGCUCAAGCUUUCAAUGACCGGCUACGUGACGACAAGGUAUUAUCGGGCACCAGAAAUCAUGCUUACUUGGCGAAAUUAUGGUGUUGAAGUGGACAUGUGGAGUUCAGGCUGUAUCCUGGCUGAAAUGAUCGAAGGGUCGCCGCUUUUCCCCGGCAAAGACCAUGCGCAUCAAUUUUUAAUUAUCUCUGAUCUCCUUGGCUCCAUCCCCCCAGAGGUCCUCCCAGCUAUUUGUGCCCAGGCUCUCGAUUUUCUGGAAAGGGUGCUUGUGUGGGACCCCAGCCAGCGGAUCAGUGCCGCUGAAGCUCUUUUACAUCCAUACACGAGCCUCUACCAUGAUCCAGAAGAUGAACCGGUAGCGGGCGCACCAUUCGAUUGGGCCUUGGUGACUGCUGAGUAUUCAGUAGACAUGUGGAAAUGCAUGAUGUUUGUGUGCUCUGAUAAAUUCCGCUGUGGAAAGACCACUAACCAGAACAGAUACUCUGAAAUCAUGAACCAUCUUUCCCCUUUAUGA